GGGAGCGGGUGCGGGGCGGCGAUGGCAGCGGGGAGGCGGUGGGGCGAGCGGGGCUCGGCCGUGCUGGAGCUGUCCCGCACGCCGCGGUUGGUGUGCGUGGAGUACCCGGGGCUAGUGCGGGACGUCGGGGCCGUGCUGCGGACGUUGGGAGGAGAGGCGGGGGUGUCGAGGGUCUAUGCGGACCCUGCCAAAAGGCUGGAGCUGUAUUUCCGCCCCAAGGACCCUUACUGCCAUCCCGUGUGUGCCAACCGCUUCCCCACCUCCACCAUGCUGCUCAAGGUGAAGAGGAGGACCAAGAAGAGAAAGCAGUCAGAUACAGAAGAACAAAUGCAGCCAGAAGUUCAGUUUGAAAUGGAAAUUCUUGGGACUGUCACUACCGUUUACAAAUUCCAAGGAAUGUCUGAUUUCCAGUACCUGGCAAUGCACUCUGGUCCUGAUGGCAAACAAACCUCCAUGUAUGACAAAGUGCUAAUGCUCAAACCAGAGAAGGAAGAAUUUUUCAAUAGAGAAUUACCUCUCUACAUCCCACCACCAAUUUUCUCACGUCUGGACACCCCCGUUGACUAUUUUUAUCGGCCGGAUAUACAACACCGGGAGGGCUACAACAAUCCCCAGGUGUCUGGUGAGAACCUGAUUGGCCUCAGCAGGGCCCGUCGCCCGCACAAUGCUAUCUUUGUGAACUUCGAUGAGGAAGAAAUCCCAGCUAAACCCCUGGAUGCUGCUGUACAGACCUGGAAGAAAGUGUGCACCAAUCCUGUGGAUAAAAAGGUGGAGGAAGAGCUGAGAAAGCUCUUUGAGGUCCGUCCUGUCUGGUCUCGGAAUGCAGUAAAAGCCAAUAUCAGUGUUCACCCGGACAAGCUGAAACUUCUGUUGCCGUAUUUGGCCUAUUACAUGUUAACAGGUCCUUGGAGAAGCUUAUGGGUUAGGUUUGGGUAUGACCCCAGGAAACACCCUGAAGCAAAGAUUUAUCAAGUACUGGACUUCCGAAUUCGCUGUGGAAUGAAAUAUGGUUACGCCCCUAAUGAUAUGCCCGUGAAAGCAAAACGCAGCACGUAUAACUACAGUCUGCCCAUCACUGUCAAGAAGCCAGUAAGUCAUACAGUCAGCGUACACGAUCUGAAACACGGGCUUGGUACGUCUGGUGCAUCCGGUGCAAAAAAUCCUGCCUCCAGCAGGUAUAAACUGAAAGAAUCCAUCUACAUUUUCCGAGAAGGAGCCUUACCCCCUUACCGGCAGAUGUUCUACCAGCUCUGUGACUUGAAUGUAGAAAGCCUACAGAAAAUCAUCCAUCGGAAUGAUGGCGCAGAGUCCGAAUGCACAGAGCGGGACGGGUGGUGCCUUCCAAAGACUAGCGACGAUCUGCGAGAUACCAUGUCUCUGAUGAUAAAGCAGAUAAUCAGAUCCACAAGACCCGCUCUUUUCUCAAGUACAACAAGCAGUGAAGAUGGCAAAGAGCAGCUGGCAUAUGAGUCUGGAGAGGAUGAGGAUGAUGAAGAGGAUGAGGAGGACUUCAAGCCUUCUGAUGGGAGUGAAAAUGAAAUGGAGACAGAAAUUCUGGACUAUGUGUGAACGCAGGGAACAGCCUGGCUGCUGCUGGAUGGAAUCAUCUCUGCUCUUGUUCCUUGAGUGCUGAGGGUUCAGCCACCAUGCCCAGGGUGUGGGAAGGCAGAGCUUGCACUAAGAUGCCGCUGACCCGUCUGCACCGACUGCAGAGCCUGCUGGCGGGUGUCAUUCUGCCUGUGUGGGACCAAGUGCCUACAUUUUUGUAAUUAUGGCUAAGAAGCCCUCAAGCAAACACCCAGGAAAGGGCCCAGAAUCCAAACCAGCAGGUAAUACACCAGAAAAGAGGAGAAGUUGCAUUCCCAAAUCUCUCCCUGUGGGCAGUGCACCUUGGCUGAGUUCAUGGCGGUGUGGAAAACAGAAAAGGUGCAGGGGGAGCACUCCAGUCCCUAAGGCAGGUGCUGCCCUUCUGCUUGUGUAAGGGGAAUGAAAAUAUUGUGCCAUGACUUCAGCAUUGAGCCUCGCCGGCAACCUUGGAAAUAAAGCCAGCAGGAAAACAGUGAAUAAUUCCCUUCUGUGGGAUGUAGUGUACGUUGUCCUCACUGGCUAGUGCACAGCUCAAUCGCAUUUUUGAUUUACCUGGUGGUUAGCAAGGGGGCAGAGCUUCAGGUCCAGAGAGCUUGGCCACUCAGUGUGUCAUUGGUGCCUGGAUUGUUGCCACCUGGUCACAGAAAUCAAGGAUGCUGGCAUUCCGUGAGUGUUGUGCAUUCCCCAGUGCGUUACAAGUGCAAGUUUUCUCAUUAGUAGCCACUAAAAUGCCCUAAUGCAUGGUUUAAUAUUCCAGCCUCCUACACUUGCAUGAGGCUUCUCAAGGUUCUUUUUUAUGUUUGGAGUGCUGUUAGAGUGAGCUAUCUCCUUAAGUUUGGCCUCCAGCCCAAAAAAAAAACCAACAGCUGCAGGGCUCUCACACAGUGACACAUAGCUGUGCUCCUGGAUAUGUAUGUGCGUAUGUAUACACAGAAGCUGCAUCUGGGGCCUGGCUCCUCAGGUGUGCGCUCACCAUGGCUCGGUGGGUGAUCCUGUGCUUUGCCAUGUGCUCCUACCUCGGGGUAGCCUGGGCUGCAACUGUAAGAACAAAAGCAUUUCUUACACUUUCAGACUUCGUAAGGGGGGGACUGUGAAUUGAUGGGUCUGUCUGGAGGCGCCCCCAGCCAGGGUGAGGUGUAGGUCCUGGCAAUGUGGAAAGCCAGGGUUAUGAGGGGCUGUGCCACAGACUUACCCGUCUCACUGCAGUGCGACAGGGAACUAGGGAAAAGGAGAGAUGCGGUGGAUGUACCGCUGCAAGGUAAGAAUAUGCACUUAGGUAUUAGAUGGCACCAAGAAUAAACACGCUUAGAAGUGCUAGGAAAAACCCCUAAAGCCAAGCUUUCUAUCAACAGGAGGCCCAAGGCCAAAGCAGCCAGAAAUCUUGUGUUGGAGUUCAUUAGUUCCCAGUCCUUUUCAAAAAUUUCUCUGGGAAGACUGCAGUGAUUUGGCUGUUAAUUGUGCCUGAGCAGCUAAUGACACUACCAGCCCUGUCUGUACACUAUGCUCCUUUCAUUUCCAAAAGCUCAGGCUUUAAAUUAAUCUAUGUAACCAAGGCACAGGGAAAUUCUGGAUAGCACAGCUUCAUCUUUAAUACGCACACAUGGACUCACUGCACCAACUAAUCUCCACUGCUGUCUGUGCAAUUAUAAACUAGAAAAUGAACAUGCUGGUGAUGCUAGGAAACGAGCCCUUGAGCGCCAAAGGAAUGAGGCCUCAAACCAAGGCAGCCCACUGGCUCCACACCGUAAGGACCACCCACUGCAUUUGCUCCUGAAGCCAUUGCUUGUAUCAAAAGGAAUAAAACCCAGUAAAUUGGCUAUCACAUUUAUGCAACUGGAAAAUGCACCAGUCCCAAAAACUCGCAGGUUCAAAUGAAUUGGGUUCAUCUGAAAAAAAUCAGGCACUGGUCCCGCAAAACAAAAAGCCUGUAUCUUAAUUCAAGCGCGAAACAAAGCUCAGCUCGGCUGCGUUAACAUAAGGGAUGAGGGACAGGCACAAAUGCUGCCUUCUCCAGAGUCAGGAUGGCUCUGUUUUCCCCAGGAACCUGCCAGCUUUUUGGGGAAGGAGGCCAGGACAACCCCUGCCUUGGGGCAGAGACAUUUGAGCAUCAGUAUUUUAUUGCAAAGACUAAUUACAUUGCUGUGUACAAGUCACACCAGGCAGUGUGCUCCUUCAUUGAAGUACAAAAUACAUAUGGUACAGCCAGUCCCUCCGGUGAUGCUGUGCUGCUGGGGGACACCGUGGGAGGGGAGGGGAAGGCAGGCACGAAGCAGAGGGAAGACCCUGGGGUGCUGAUGCCUGAGGGCAGGAGCCAGGCUCUGGGCAGGGUGGGAGGCAGGCGGCUGCCCCUGCGUCAGGGAGCCAGGGGCUCCCAUCAUGUGCAGCUACGGGCGAUGCCACCCGAGGGGACGCGGGGUGGGGAGAGCUCAGCGCCAGCCACACUCCCACCCAAGCAGCCUCUUCCCCUCCUGGUGCCAGGGCCCCGCAGCCCAGUGCCUGCCACCGGCCCCCGGAGCGUGGCCGUGCAGCGUCGCUGCAUCCCGGGCCACUCUCCUGGAGCCUCUCCUGGAGCCAGGGACAGACAGGAAGCAGCAGAUGUGCUGGAAGGAAGCGCUUAAAGACGAGAUGGAAAGAUCCCCCUUCGGUUAGUGUUUCCUACAGUGAUUAAAACAAGCAUCUCUGCCCCCGCUCGAGCAACUAGUGGUAGAGAAGGAAGGGAGGGGGUGGCCCGCGGGAUCUGUGCCCUGCGAGCAGCACAGAGCGACGCUGCUGCUGCUGCCAACGUCCCUCCCAGCAGCCUUAAAUACCGGGUGGGGAGAGGAGAGGGGCUGGGCUGCAGGGCAGGGGGAGGCUGGAUUAGUAAAAUGUACAAGUUCAUCUUGUCUAUUUACAACCAAUAAAUAUUGAAAAAAAAAAUCAGUAAACUUUGUUGUUUUAUACAAAAAAAAAA